AUGAAGGGCCGCCCUCGGUUCCGUGUGGCUCCAUGCAGGUACUGUAACAAGGAGUUCAAGCGACAGGAGCACCUGGAGAGGCACAUUCGUACGCAUACUCGGGAAAGGCCGUUUGGUUGUGCCUGUGGCCGCACGUUCACAAGACCCAGCCAUGGGAGAACACCUCCACCUCCCGUUUCCUAUAGUCCUGAUCCUGACCCUGGAGCAUCGUUUGUCUUUGCGGGUAUUAAUACCGAACUUAUGACCCAGACAUCUGCGACACAAAAUGCCAUUACAGAACCAACCACCAGGAUGAACAAUGCCGCGCCUAUAGAGUACUCUCAAAAGCAGCUCAUGGGUAAAUUCUCAAUACGCGACCUGGACAUGAGCAGUCAGGAUCGACAACCAAGCCACAUCCCUCGUAAUAGCGGUGUUUCGGCUCGCAGCGACGAUGAGAUGGGCAGGACCAUCGAAACUUGUUCUGACUUUAUGCCGCUCCAGCUUUUUGAUAUCGACUUCCUGGCCAAUGAACCAGACAUGAUAAGCGGAUACCUCAUGGAUGUCUUUCCACCGAUGGACCACCAUCAGCCAACGAUUGAGGGCGCAUCCGACAGUUACAAUGGUACUCAACCACUUCCCGCAGCUCUAGAUUCCAAUGCUCUAGAGCUAUCGACUCUUAUGCAAACAGAAAUGUCACCAUCACAGACCAGGGCUUCUGCGGUUCAAUUGGCACCAAGCCAGACGAAUCAGGCGCAAAACACGAUCGGCCAUUCACUUGACACAAUUGACGACAUCGUAGCAACAAAUCCGUGGACUGUGUCGGCAGUGGCUUACGAAAAGCUUACUACCGAAGUUGCAAAACACAUCAAUGUGUUGCCUGAACCAUUCACGCUUCCUAGCCGGCAGACAUUAUCGAGAUAUGUUGCGAGUUGGAUGCGGAGUUUUCAUCCUCAUCUACCUUUUAUUCAUAUACCAACAACUUGCCUAGAGUCCAAGGCGCCAAUGCUUGUCCUGACUCUUGCAGCAACCGGUUCAUUUUAUGGGUUUGAACACACGCAUGGUUAUGCCAUGUAUUUUAUUGCAAAGUCUGUCAUUACCCACGAGCUCGAGAAACGUCGCCGAGCCUCUACUUUGCACUUGCUUCGGACUUUUCCACGCUAUGCCGGGCUUCCCACCAGUUCUCCUGAUGCAUCCACGCAGUCAUGGGUGACGCCACAACCUGCAACACCCGGCUCGGUCGAUAUUGAAUUGCUGCAGUCCCUAUUGGUGCUUGUACUUACCAUGGCUUGGCUUGAUGGACCGCUCGCACAAGAUGCACUUGCCAUGAGCAGUCAACUUACCGAGCUUACUCGCGAAGCGUUCAAAUAUCCAGUUCCAGAAAUUGAAGCGGGAAACUGGAGGGCUUGGGCCCGUGAAGAAGAAAGGCGACGUACUCUAUUCUCUGCCUACUUUGUGAUCAAUAUCCUCACCAUCUGUUUCAACGUACCACCUCAAAUCACCAGCUCAGAGGUCAACCUUCCACUUCCAUCCUCGGAAGCAGAGUUCAAAGCUCCCAAUUCAAACGCAUGGCUUAACUUACGGCAAAAGAGUAACUCGCGUCAGCCAGACUUCCAACUCUGUCUUCAGCAGCUGUUAUCCGGGAAGUCGCUUGCCAAAGAAGACUCUACCACAGAGUUUGGAAAUUACAUGCUUGUUCAAAGCCUGCUGAUACAGGUGUAUUUCGAACGCCAAGUAUCAUCCGCUGUAUUAAACUCAUCAUCAAGUCUAUCACCAGCCACUAUUUCACUCUAUGAGAACGCCUAUAACGCCUGGCAGUCGUGUUGGGAUUCGGCUAUCGAGUCUGCUUUGGAUCCAUCUUCUCCUCAUGGCCCCUUGGCCUUUAACUCGACUGCCAUGCUUCGCUUGGCUCACGUCCAUCUCGCAGCUGGCCUCCAAAGUCAGUGCGCUCUCCGAUCGCGCGAUCCGAGGAUUGUCGCUCAGGCAUUUGAACCACACCAAAACCCCAUUCCACUCCGGUCCCCUCAUCUAGAUCAAGCAGUUUUUCAUGCUAUCUGCGCACUGAGGAUACCGGUGAGGGUUGGAAUAGCGUUUGUCGCGCGCGGCAGAACGGGACAUUGGAGUGUUCAGCAUGCUAUUAGCAACUUUGCAUGUGCGCUCCUGCUCACUCACUGGCUCGAAAAUCUCUUUCAUAUGGUAUCUACUGAUGGAAUUGAUAGCCUUCGAUAUGAGGAGAAGCGACUACUAUCCAUUGUCGAUCGGUUAAUCGAAGAGACUCAUCUGGAGAGCUCUCUAGGCUCAAAAAAUGAUUACCCUCGCCGCAUCCGACGUCUGGCUAUUGCUGCAGUAAGACUCUGGGCAGAGACAUGCAAGGGGAUCCAGGUAUUUGAGAUUGUUCAUGUUGUGGGAGAGACUUUGUCUCUUGUCGCGGAGUCAUUAGAAAAUCGCUUUCAGAUUUGA